UCCCUACUACGCGGGAUAACGCGACUUAGAGGAGUCGAACUCCGGUGGGGAAGGCAGAGUCAAAUGGAGUUAACCACUUGAUUAAAGGCACAUCCCCUUAAUUAUAAUAGUUUCGUGAAAAGGAUUUAAUAAAUAAUUUCUAAGGUUCUACGAAUCUACAUAAAAGAAAAUAAAAAGGUCAGAAUUUGUAUAUGUAGAUACGCACAAAUAAAAAAAAUAAAAACAGAUAUUUUGUAGAAUUACGUACAAAUAUCUGUAAAUAAUCAAUUAUACUAGAACAAGUUGGUCCUCUUCACAUCCUUCUAAUACCCUAUAAAUUCCCACACCCUCUCUUCAUUUUUAUUCAUCACUCUCUCUCAAACACACUCAAUAAUCCUUAAACACCGAACCUAUCUUUUCAAAAGAAAAAAAUGGCUUCAAAGAACUCAGCCUCUAUUGCUCUUUUCUUCGCCCUCAACAUCCUAUUCUUCACCUUAACUGCUGCAACUGAUUGUGGUUGCAACCAGAGUCCUAAGCACAAACCGGUCCCUAGUCCUAAGCCCAAGCCAGUCCCAAGUCCUAAACCCAAGCCGGUCCCAAGUCCUUCAGUCCCAAGUCCUUCGGUCCCAAAUCCUAACCCUAGGCCCGUCACGCCUCCCAGCACUGGUUCAUCUGGAAACUGUCCUAUCGAUGCUCUCAAGCUUGGUGUAUGUGCAAACGUUCUAAGCAGUCUACUCAACAUACAAUUGGGUCAGCCAUCAGCUCAACCAUGUUGCUCGCUCAUCCAAGGUUUGGUUGACGUCGACGCUGCGGUUUGUCUCUGCACUGCUCUGAGGGCUAACGUUCUCGGCAUCAACCUUAACGUUCCAAUAUCUCUCAGCGUUCUUCUCAACGUUUGUAACAGAAAGCUUCCGUCUGGUUUCCAAUGUGCUUGAACGAUAUCAACAGCUAUGCAUACGAUGUGAUGCACAGUUUCCCCCUCAAAACAAUUACAAUUUGAAUAAAUGCAUGUAAGCUAGAGUUUUUGUUUAAAUUUGAAUUUGUUAAAGUGAAAUAAUAAAUGUGUGAGACUUUCAUAGUUUUUUUUUUUCCUCUCAAAUGUAUGCUUUGUAGCAAUCUAUUUCUAUU